AUGUCGCAUUCUCUCUCGUUAUUUAUUUAUUUCCUUUCACUUCCUCUCUCUGAGAACUCUAUUAAUAUGUAUGUUUUCUCUCCAAUCGUUGUACUUUCUCUUAUGCGUUUCAUUUGUUCUCUCUUUACUACCUCCUUUCUUUCUUUCUUUCUUUCUUCAUUUAUUUAUUUCUCCUCGCCUUUUUUCUCUAAAAUUCUCUUUCUCCUGCUCUCUCUCCUUCUCUCUCUCCCUCUCUCUCUCUUUCAUUCCACCGUCUACCCCCUCAUUCUUAAAUAUUCAUUGCUUCUGUUGUCACUAGAAGCGUUUCAUUUCUCCUUUCUUUCGUCUGUUUUCUCAAACCUUCACACAAAUUUUGCUUAUCUUGGUAUUCACUUGCGUGUUACUUAUAGGUUUACUCGGGGCUCCGUGUCCAAAAUCCUUCGCUUCUCACCCGCAAUGCUCCUGCUGGUAUUCAGUGACGAGGGCGACGUCGACAGAGGUGAGGAGGAGGAGGAGGAGGAUGGAUAG